AUGACAACAAAGCUGGGGUUUAUACCCAUCAAAACCACACUCACAAAGCUUCCAUACCCACGAUUAGAGGACCGCAAAGUCAUCAGAACAAAACGCCUGAUCCUCAAACCAUUCUAUGAAGAUGCAGCAAAAGAUCUCUUUCCUAUGCGUGCCCAGCAAGAGGUCAUGAUGUGGACGGCGCAAGGCGCUCCUGACAAGGACCUUGAGCAAACUAGAAGUUGGGCUUCAGUAAGACUACCGCCACACCAUGAAACAGACUUCAGUUACGUGGUCAGUCUUGUCGAAACUGGCCAAGUUAUUGGUGCUGGUGGUACUUAUCGACGAGCAUGUGAGCUUGGGUGGCCAGCUAUCGGAUACGCGUUUCGCAAGGAGGCUUGGGGGAAAGGCUACGCUACCGAGUUUCUGUCCGCGUUCAUGGAGGUUUGGUGGGAGCUGCCACGAAUCGAGGCUUCGAUUGAGGUGGAUCGUACAACCCUCAGUGAGGAAGAGAUCAAGACCAGCCCUGAUCGUGCUAUCGUGGAACGAUGUGCGGCGGAAACUAUCAAAGAGAAUGUUGGCAGUAAUUGUGUUUUAGCCAAGGCUGGUUUUGAGAAGGUCAAGGAAUGGAGGAAUGAGGAGAAGAAUUGGUCGAUAUAUGGGUGGACAGUUACCGCUUCGAACGCACCUGUUCAUUAG